AUGGCACAUAUCUAUGAGGUUGGGACAAGGGCCUGGCAGCCCGACACGACAGACGGAUGGGUUGCAUCCGAGGUGAAGGAAAAGCUCGUGGAUGGAGAAAAAGUGCAACUGGUGUUUGAGUUGGAGAAUGGCGAGACCAAGACCGUCGAUACCACACAGGCCGAGUUGCAGGUUGACAACAAUCCGAAUUUGCCGCCCUUGAUGAAUCCAGCUAUGCUGGAAGCGAGCGAAGAUCUGACCAACUUGUCUCAUCUGAAUGAGCCCGCUGUUCUGCAGGCUAUUAAACUCCGUUACGCCCAGAAAGAAAUAUAUACCUACAGUGGAAUUGUCCUGAUCGCUACAAACCCGUUUGCCAGAGUGGAUUCUCUCUAUGUGCCACAGAUGGUUCAAGUGUAUGCUGGGAAACAGCGCGCUUCCCAGGCACCCCACUUGUUCGCUAUUGCAGAGGAGGCUUUUGCUGACAUGCUUCGCGACGGGAAAAACCAGACAAUUGUGGUAUCCGGUGAAUCUGGUGCUGGAAAGACUGUAAGUGCUAAAUAUAUCAUGCGAUAUUUUGCCACUCGCGAGUCUUCCGAUCAGCCAGGAAAGUACACCACGAGUCGAGCGGAUGCAAUCAGUGAGACGGAGGAGCAAAUUUUGGCGACCAACCCGGUCAUGGAGGCAUUCGGUAACGCCAAAACUACUCGAAAUGACAACUCUUCCCGAUUCGGCAAGUACAUCGAGAUUAUGUUCGACGAACGAACCAACAUCAUUGGUGCCAAGAUCCGGACCUAUCUGUUGGAGAGAUCGAGACUUGUAUUCCAGCCACUGAAGGAGCGUAACUACCACAUCUUCUAUCAGCUUGUGGCCGGUGCCACUGAUGAAGAAAGACAGGAACUCGGCCUUCUGCCGGUAGAAGAGUUUGAGUAUCUUAACCAAGGUGGCACACCAAUCAUUGACGGAGUUGACGACAAAGCCGAAUUUGAGGCGACCAAGAAGUCAUUGCGUACAAUCGGUGUGGCAGAAGAAUUCCAGACCGAAAUCUUUCGCAUUCUUGGAGCUCUGCUCCACCUUGGUAAUGUGAAGAUCACCGCAACUCGAACAGAUUCAACUCUCUCAUCGUCCGAACCGUCUCUUGUGCGCGCCUGUGAGAUGCUGGGAAUUGAUGUCAACGAAUUUGCCAAAUGGAUUGUCAAGAAGCAGCUUAUCACCAGAGGAGAAAAAAUCACCUCAAACCUUACCCAGCAACAAGCCAUCGUGGUGCGAGACUCCGUCGCCAAGUUCAUUUAUUCCAGCCUUUUCGAUUGGCUUGUGGACAGGAUCAACCAGGGACUGGCGACAGACGAAGUUAUUGAAAGGGUCAAGACUUUCAUCGGAGUGCUGGAUAUCUAUGGAUUCGAACAUUUCGCAAAGAACUCGUUCGAGCAGUUCUGUAUCAACUAUGCGAACGAGAAGCUACAACAGGAAUUCAACCAACACGUGUUCAAGCUUGAACAAGAAGAAUAUGUCCGUGAGGAGAUUGACUGGACAUUUAUUGAUUUCUCCGACAACCAACCCUGUAUUGACCUGAUCGAAGCCAAACUUGGAAUUUUGUCCCUUCUGGACGAAGAGUCCCGACUUCCUAUGGGCUCUGACGAGCAGUUCGUUACAAAACUCCACCACCAUUUCGCUGCCGAUAAGCAGAAAUUCUACAAGAAGCCUCGCUUCGGAAAAUCUGCAUUUACCGUUUGCCAUUAUGCGGUCGAUGUCACAUACGAGUCUGAUGGCUUUAUCGAGAAGAACCGAGAUACCGUUCCGGAUGAGCACAUGGAGGUACUGCGCAAUUCAUCGCAUAGCUUUAUCAAGGAGAUCUUGGAUACUGCUGCUGCGGUCCGUGAAAAGGACUCAGCGGCUGUCUCGUCUAAGCAAGUUGCUGCCCCAGGCCGUCGAAUCGGUGUCGCAGUUAAUCGCAAACCAACUCUUGGAGGAAUUUUCAAGUCAUCUUUGAUUGAGCUCAUGCAUACCAUCAACAAUACUGAUGUGCACUACAUUCGUUGCAUCAAGCCAAACGAGGCCAAGGAGGCUUGGAAAUUCGAGGGGCCUAUGGUUCUCAGCCAGCUGAGAGCAUGUGGUGUACUGGAAACUGUCAGAAUUAGUACGGCUGGUUAUCCGACCCGUUGGACAUAUGAGGAAUUUGCCAUUCGUUACUAUAUGCUUUGCCAUUCUUCUCAAUGGACCUCAGAGAUUCGGGAUAUGUGUCACGCCAUUCUCCGGAAGGCCUUGGGUGAUGCCAGCCACCAGAAGCAAGAUAAGUACCAGUUAGGAUUGACCAAGAUUUUCUUCCGAGCUGGUAUGCUUGCUUUCCUGGAGAACCUGCGAACCUCCCGAUUGAACGAAUGUGCGAUCAUGAUUCAAAAGAAUCUGCGAUGCAAGUACUACCGGCGCCGCUAUCUGGAAGCCCGGGAAUCUAUUCUCACAACCCAGGCUUUCAUUCGUGGAUUCCUAGCACGGCAGCAUGCCCAGGAAAUUCGUCGAACCAAAGCUGCGACGACGAUCCAAAGAGUGUGGCGUGGCCAGAAGGACAGGAAACAUUACAACGAGAUUCGAAAGAACUUCAUUUUGUUCCAGUCAGUCACCAAGGGAUUCCUUUGCCGCCGCAAUAUUAUGGACUCCAUCAAUGGCAAUGCUGCCAAGGUUAUCCAACGAGCAUUCCGAUCGUGGCGUCAAUUGCGAGGUUGGCGUCAGUUCCGCCACAAGGUUAUCAUUGUACAAAAUCUCUGGCGAGGUAAACAAGCCAGAACUAUUUACAAAUCUCUUCGUGAGGAAUCGAGAGAUCUCAAGCAGAUUUCUUACAAGUUGGAGAAUAAGGUUGUUGAAUUGACCCAAUACCUGCAAUCUCUGAAGCUUGAAAACAAAUCUCUUGCUUCCCAGCUGGAGAACUAUGAGACUCAAUUGAAGUCCUGGCGAAACAGACACAACACGUUGGAAGCCCGUGCUAAGGAGCUCCAGGCCGAGGCCAACCAGGCAGGUAUCACGGCAGCCCGCCUGGAAGUUGUGGAGGAAGAAAUGAACAAACUCCAACAGAGUCACUCCGAGGCUCAAGCUACCAUCAAGCGACUACAAGAAGAGGAGAAGGUUUCUCGUGAGGCGCUUCGCGCUACGAAUGAAGAGUUAGGCCGCCUCAAGUCGCUCAACGGAGACCAUGAGAAAGAGAAGACGGUACUUCGCCAACGUGUAUCAGAGCUGGAGGAGCAGUUGGAAGUUGCCAAGCGAUCCGUGCCUGUCAACGGCAUGAAUGGCGAAGUACCAAACGGUGCUGUGGCCCCUACACCUGCCACCGGCUUGAUCAACCUUGUGUCUUCUAAAAAGCCGAAGCCUCAACGACGCAGUGCUGGUGCGGAGAAGGUCGGAACUGAUCGUUUCAGUGGCGCCUUUAACCCACGGCCCGUCUCUAUGGCAAUUGCUGGUCUCGGUGCCGCUCGCACAACUGCAGCCACCUCGCCAGGACUGGACUCUGUCGAGGCAGAGCUUGAGGGGCUGCUCUCCGAAGAGGAAGAUCUCAACGAUGAGGUCACAAUGGGCUUGAUCCGCAACCUCAAGAUUCCUCUUCCUAGCUCCAACCCCCCACCAACCGAAAAGGAAGUCCUAUUCCCCGCUUAUUUGAUCAACCUUGUUACUUCGGAGAUGUGGAACAACGGAUUUGUCAAGGAGUCUGAGCGCUUCUUGGCUAAUGUCAUGCAAUCGAUUCAACAGGAGGUCAUGCAGCACGACGGGGAUGAUGCAAUCAACCCUGGUGCAUUCUGGCUUUCCAACGUCCAUGAGAUGCUGUCGUUCGUCUUUUUAGCCGAGGACUGGUACGAGGCUCAGAAGAGCGACAACUAUGAGUACGAUCGAUUGCUCGAGAUUGUAAAGCAUGACUUGGAGAGCUUAGAGUUCAACAUCUAUCACACUUGGAUGAAGGUUCUGAAGAAGAGGUUGUAUAAGAUGAUCGUACCAGCCAUCAUUGAAUCGCAGUCUCUUCCGGGCUUUGUUACUAGUGAAACAAACCGGUUCCUCGGCAAACUGCUGCCGUCGAACAACAACCCUGCUUAUAGCAUGGAUAACCUCUUGAGUCUUCUCAACGGUGCCUAUAGAGCCAUGAAGGCAUUCUAUUUGGAAGAUACCAUCAUCUUGCAGACCGUCACCGAGCUUUUGCGUUUGGUGGGCGUAACUGCAUUUAACGACCUUCUCAUGCGACGAAACUUCCUGUCUUGGAAGCGUGGUCUGCAGAUCAAUUAUAACAUUACACGGAUCGAAGAAUGGUGUAAGAGUCAUGAUAUGCCAGAGGGAACUUUGCAGCUGGAGCACUUGAUGCAAGCAACCAAGCUUCUUCAGCUCAAGAAGGCGACUUUGAAUGAUAUUGAGAUCAUCCAAGACAUCUGCUGGAUGCUUUCCCCAAAUCAAAUUCAGAAACUCCUGAACCAGUACCUUGUUGCGGACUAUGAACAGCCAAUUAAUGGCGAGAUCAUGAAGGCCGUUGCCUCGCGUGUCACAGAGAAGAGUGAUGUGCUUCUACUGGCACCAGUGGAUAUGGAGGACAGUGGCCCCUAUGAAAUCGCUGAGCCGCGAGUCAUUACGGCCCUGGAGACCUAUACUCCAUCCUGGCUUCAAACCCCACGACUGAAGAGGCUGGCUGAGAUUGUGUCGGCGCAAGCGAUGGCACAACAGGAGAAGCUUCUCGAGAUAGACAAUGGGGUGCUGGAGGAGUAG